AUGACAUUAUCAGAACGAUGUCAUCAGCGAAACGAAGAUGGUGUUGCUACCGACCGUCAACUUUCACUCACAGGUUAUCCCGUUCUAAUGCUCGCGUCGCGUUCUCGGGGUGGCACUGAAUAUUUGGGACUGGCGGUAGGUUCUCCAGAUGUUCUCCAGAUGUUGAAACCUGAUUCUGUUGAGACCGAGAGAAGUACGAUUCCUCACCGACAUGAUGGUAUGUCGAACUCCGAAAGGCAGGACCUUUGGAAUGAAAUGUCGAUCUUCCCUGUAAUGGGAAAGAGGCAAGUGGACGUGGCUGUCGAAGAUAUCUGA